UGACUGCUACUGCUGCGUUUAUGACAGAUUGGGUAUCUUGCACUUCCAAUUCCCCCGCCAUCGCCAGGUGUCCAUCCGGAGAGGACUAUGGCGUCUGCCGAAGAGCAGUCAGCGUACUUAAGGGAUGGUUUCUUCAUACGUCGCCGAAUGUUCGAUGCUGAGGAGAUUGCUGUUCUUCGGGCUUGCGCCAAUUCCGAUGAACUGCAGCGUGGGGCAUACGAGCUCGAUGAUGGAGAAGGGUUGAGGACCAGGAUGGUUCUUUGGAACAGGGUAGGACAAGAUGCCUUCGGCUUGGUUGCCAGAUCCUCGCGUAUUGUACGCACUGUGGAAAGCCUCCUUGGCGGAGAGGUUUAUCACUAUCAUUCCAAGCUCAUUAUGAAGCAGCCCUGGACAGGGGGCUCCUUUGCGUGGCACCAGGACUACGGAUACUGGUACUUGAAUGGAUGUUUAUUCCCAGAGAUGGCGAGUGUGUUUAUUGCGAUCGACCCAAACACAAAGGAAAAUGGGUGCCUGCAGGUUUUACGAGGCUCUCACAAGAUGGGUAGGGUGGACCAUGGAGAGUAUGGAGAUCAAAAGGGCGCUGACCCCGAGAGAGUGGAGGAGGCCAAGAAGCAAUUACAGCUAGUCCAUUGUGAGCUGGAACCUGGCGAUGCUCUCAUCUUUGAUUGCAAUCUCCUGCAUCGGUCAAAUCAGAACCUCUCACCCAAUCCGCGCUGGUCAUUGAUCUGUUGUUACAAUACCAAGCACAACAACCCGUAUAAGAAGUCACACCACCCUUUCUACGAGCCGUUGGAUGUUCUCGAAGGCGACGAAGAUCGAACGGCGCUUAAGCUCUUUCGCAGUCAACCACUGUCGAAAGCAACAGUGCACUCGCUCCUCAACGUAGCGGAUGACAAGACGGUGGGAGCCACUCAGGUCAGAAAUCAGUAGACAGGUAGCGAAGAUCUACACCAUGCGCCAUGCGCCAUGCGUCAUGCGUCAUGCAGCAUGCGCCAUGGAUCAUGAACUUUGCGUCAUAUAACCUUUCGAAGAGUAUUGAGUCUAUUGACCAAUUCUGCAAAUCCACUUAAAAGUUAAAAGCACCAGUACGUGCGAGCUGUCGGCCGGGGGCCCCUUUCGGAGGCCGCCCACCGCCGAUUCGUUUUCUCUACGGCGAUCGACCUCCUAAAUUUUCGGAGAGGCUUAAAACAGGUUCUCCAGUUGCCUGGGGCCAUGUACUGGUGGUCUAACCCUGGUGGAGGUGGGAGAGACAGACACAUGUAAGCGAGACCCGGGCUACCGGUUGUGACAAAGGGACCAGCGGAACAAGAUGGUUGGGGCAGCACCUCCUUCAAGUUGCUGAUAGGAUGCAGAACGACAUGAGACGGAACCUGUUGAUAUAUUUUUGAGGAAAAUUUGGAUAUAUAUAUAUAUAUAUAAUUCUCGUCUUCGAGCGUGCAAUCUGGGAGAAGGCGUCUCCUCCCAGAUUGCAUGAGACGGAACCUGUUGAUAGAUUCCAUCAUUUCACAGAUAUAUGUACAUGUAUGGUAGUGAAAGCUUUGUAAUAACAAUGUAAAGCCUUUUUUUUUUUUUUUUUUUUUUUUUUUUGUAAAGCCAUUAGGUAAACCUUUUGUAAGAAAAAAUGAACUAUGUCACACAUUGUGUUUUGGACAUUGCACUCUGAUCUCCGUUCUACUUGCUGAUACGACGCAGAGCGACAUAAGACGCAUUCUGACGGAACCUGUCGAUAUAUUUGAGGAAAAUGUGGAUAUAAAUUCAUAUAAUAUGAUAUAUAAUUAUUGUCUACAAGUGUGCAAUCUGGGAGACGGCAUCUGCUCAUAGAUUUCGCAGAAAGUAUGUAACUGUACGAUGAAAGCUUUGUAAAGCAAACUAUGUUGCAUUGUAGGGUCGAGGGUCGAGGGUUGAGGGUUGAGGGUUGAGGGUUUAGGGUUGAGGGUUUAGGGACAUUGCAAUCUGAUCUCCGAUCUGGGAUUUUCAGAAAGUGGUAGGGACAGCAUGUCCGACAAUCUCUGAUGAUCUGCGAGAGAGGAUUUCAGAAAUUUAAAGACGUAGGCACUACGUGUUUUGUACGAUGUUUGUAUCUGGCAUUUAAGAAAAUGGCAGGGACAGUGUGUCCAACAAUCUGUGGUUUUAGAAAGCAGUAGAGGAGGCAAGUCGCAAAAGCAGUAGAGCAGGCGAUCUCUGCUUUCAAAAGCCGUAGCGACAGCGUUGACGUCAAUCUCUGAAUUCGGAGACCAGUAGGGACAGUAUCUCAGACGAUUGACGAUCGCCGCUUUCACAUAGCGGCGGUAGGCACAGCGCAUGCCAACACAUCAUUAAUUUAUUAUGCUUGUAACAAAUUGUGUCAUGCAUG